AGUAUCGUAUCUUCCUUUGCAGAAACACAAACAUGGCGACGACCACGUGAAACGAAAUCACCUUCAAAAAUACCAGGAUUUUGUCUAUCUUCUACUCCUAACCUUACAAAAGUCAAUAUUCUAUUUCACCAUGGUUCGGUUAAGGAAAGGAAAGGGCCAGAAAUGGCGCAAAGGACAGAGUUGCGUAUCAAACCCACAAACGAGAACCCACCGAUCGAACACAAAACGAGGAGUUAUCACGGGACAAAAAUCGAACACUCGAUCGAACCUAACGAUGGAAGCGUUGGCUAGACACGACGAAGUACACGAAUCGGAUGUGGAGCUUGGAUCUGACGAGGAGAAGAGUUUGAAGAGUGCAGGAAUGUUUAGUAUCAGUGGAUUAACAGACUGUACGAACCCUGCUUUUGAAAGCAUCCGUAGGUUUGCUAACACUCAGUUGGCUAGCCAGAAAGAGGUCUGUGCAGUUUUAGCAGCUGUGACUGAGGUUAUCAAGUCUCAGGGAGGAAGUGAAACUGAGACAGAAUACUUUGCAGCUUUGAUGACUGCACUUGAGUCAGCACAAGACCAGGAGAGUAUGACAGCCAUUGCAUAUCUACUGACAUUGAUAAUAAAAAGGGUUCCAGAAUCUAUUUUGAAGACAAAGUUUUCCAAGGCGUCCCAAGUCAUCCUGUCUUCUCUAGCUGCUUACGCUGGUGAUGGUGGAUCGUCAUUAUUAAAAUCUCUCCUGGGCUGUCUUUGUCAGCUUUUGGUCAUCCAGGAACGUGCUGUUUGGUCAGAGUCAUCAACUGUCAAGAUCUACCAUGGUCUACUCAGUUUCACAAUUCAUUCCAAGCCCAAGGUUCGUAAGUCCGCACAUGAGGCUGUUCAUUUACUAUUGAGGUCCCCCCCAGCUGGCACCGAGUUUCACCCUGCAGCAGCUGUCACGGCAAAGUUCGCCAUCCAACAGAUACAGCAGCAUGGAGGAUCUUCCCAAGCUGUAACUACUCUUCACAUCAUUGGCCUUUUAAAAGAAAUUCUUCCAUGUCUCCCUGUCCAGAAUGUGAAGUCAGUCUGUGAAAAUCUCUUGAAGUUGAUGACCCUUGGCAAUGUGAUGGUGACUGUCAACUCCUUGCAAACUCUAUUCAAGAUGUUUGAAGCUUCCCCUUCUGCAGCAAGUUUAUCUCCUGAAUUGAAUGCACAAAUAAUUAAUGCAUUAUACGAUUACCAACCAAGUGCCAAUGAUAUUGAUUUGUCACAAGCUUGGAUAACAACGAUGGAGAAAGCACACUCAAACUUGACAAGGCUGGACUCCAAGCUGUGUGUUGCCAAUUUGGCGAGAUGUUUCUCCUCUCUAAUGUCAUACUUCCUCUCGGAUCACAACAUCCUGGCGCAUGCCACUGCUGCUACACUUAAGGAGCUGCUUCACAAUUGUUUGAGCUCAGCAUUGGAUGAGCUUAUGAAAGAUUUGAAGAAACCCAAUGCAGGCACAAACACCUCCAUCCACAAGAUCAUCAGGUGUCUGGAAGCAGGCCUAAAGUACCGGUACCAGGCAUCUUGGGGCCUUAUCCUACAAGUCCUGAACUCGUUGUUUGAGGUCGCAGGAGAAGCAUUCCCCAACCUCAUGAGCAAAGUCCUGGUGUCACUUUGUGAUCUCAGAGGAACAUACCAAUUUCCACACAUACGGGAACUUGAUAGAGCUGUUGGCAUGGCGAUACAGAAAAUGGGGCCUAAGAAUGUGUUAACUGCUGUGCCUCUAGGGCUGGAAAAAGAAACGGAUGACUGCAAUUUUCCCCGUUCCUGGCUUCUUCCAAUUUUAAAAGAUAACAUAAAAGACACUCAGCUGAAGUAUUUUUUUGAUGAGAUGCUUCCUCUUGCAGCAGACCUAAGGGCCAAAGCUGUCACAUUCACACAGGCAGGAAAAGACCUGGAAAGCAAAGUGUUUGAUACUCUCCAACUGCAGAUCUGGUCUUUGCUGCCUGGGUUUUGUACAAGACCAACUGAUGUAGUCCAGUCAUUCAAGUCUGUAGCCCGUAUACUCGGUGUGGCUUUGACUGAGAGAUCAGACCUUCGACUCAUCGUCUGCCAGGCAUUAAGAAUCCUCGUCAGCAAGUCAGAAAAGGCUGAAGAGAAGAAAGAACUAGCGGCCUAUGCCAAGAACUACCUACCCAUUCUGUUUAACCUGUAUUCAGCCGACCCCAAGAACGGGGACCCGGACAAGCUUCCGGUGCUGGAGACAGUGCGCACGUACUUAACCAUAACUGACCCCAAGCUGACAUCACGGUUCUUCACCAAAGCAAUAGAGAAAGUCAACAGCAAAGAGACUAGUCACAUUGCCAGGAACUGCAUGAUGGACUUGGUAAUCGCAAUGGUGCCAUAUGUGAAUGAGUCCAACCUCCAAACAUUAUACAACAUGGUGGUGCCAUCACUCAAGUCUCAGGAUGUGACACAGCAGAAGAAAGCUUACCGUGUGCUGGAACAGAUGUGCAGCUCCGACUCACAGGCAUGUAGGGCCUUCCUCUCAAGCCACCUCGAUCAGCUACAGGACAAGCUGCUCAACUCACUGGCAUCCUCGAGCUCUGCAUCAAAAGCUCCACGGCUUCGCUGCCUCACUCAUAUCGUGAAACACCUCGGCGCGGAGCACAAGGACUUCAUCACCGCCAUCAUUCCAGAGGUCAUCCUGUGUACUAAGGAGGUCGGGACGAAAGCGCGUGCCGCCGCUCUCAGCCUUCUCGUCGCCAACUGUAACGCGCUGUGCCGCUGUGUCCCUGGUACCAGGGCAGACGGUCUAGUUGCUUACCUAGAGCUGGUGCUGGCUGGCCUCGCGGGCUCACCCCACAUGGUCAGCGCUACCAUCAUUUCCAUUUCGCGGCUUGUGUUUGAGUUCAGAGGUGACAUACCGUCAAAGGUGGUGGAACAGUUGAUCGAGAGCGUGCUGGUUUGCCUCAAGUCCAAGACCAAAGAAGUGAUCAAGUCGGCUUUAGGAUUUCUCAAGGUCGUCAUCUCUGUCAUGAGUCGGGAGGAUUUGGCGCCGUACGCGCGAGACCUGGCGAGUGGGAUCGUGACGUGGAACGAGGACAACCGAAGACGAUUCCGCUACAACGUGAAGGUCCUCUUUGAACGGCUCAUACGCAAAUUCGGAUAUCAGACGGCGCUAAAAUGCGUACCGGAGGAUCAUAAAAAGCUCGUUCACAAUAUCCACAAGACGACUCAGCGCCUGAAACGACAGAAGAUCAUUUCAAGAGCUAAAAACAUGGGGGCAGAUACAGACGAUCAAGACACACUUGCUCCGCACAUGGAAAGUUAUGAAGCUUUGAUGUUCGGCUCUGAUGAUGAAGACGAUAAUGAAGCUGGGCCAAAGAAGAAUGUUAAGGGUAAGAAGGAAGUCAAGGCGAAAGUUCAAGGCAAAGGGCCGAAGACUUGGAUCCGAGAAGGAGCCGAGGAGGAACCCGUUGACUUUAUGGACGCGAAUGUGGUACAGCGUGUUGUGGCCACGGAUCCAAGGAAGGGAAAGCGCAAGCUCGUAAAUGACUUCGAGACAUCAAGUGACGGCAAACUCAUCAUACCCGCCGACGAGGAGGAUGAAGACGACCCGAAACCGAAUCGCAAAAAGAGCGACGCCUUUGCGGAUGCUGACCUGAUGGACCUCGAGCCUGAAGUUUCCAAUUCACGAAAGAAAGGUACUCGGGACGAUGAAGACGACGACGAUGAAGAAAUAGGCCCCAAAAAGAAACUGCACCAACCAGGAGCCGAAUACAGAGCCAAGCGUGCCGGAGGCGAUGUCAAAAAGAAAGGAAAGCCUGAUCCAUAUGCGUAUCUGCCUCUUAACAUGUCCACAUUGAACAGAAGAAAACAACGCAAGGUGGCCGGCCAGUUCAAGGGGAUCGUCCGCGCUUCCAAGAAGGGGUCUGUUCUUGCUCAGCGGCGAAAUGUUAAACGGAAAUGAACGGCAAGACAUGUACAAUAUAACCAAUUUACCAACUGGAUUAAAGUCGAUUCUUGCAUAAAAAA